AGCCAUCUUGGCUCUAGCUAUGAGCUCGGGCGCGCGCGUGCGGGCGCUUGGGCGGGAUGGCGCGGGAGUGUCUGCGUGGCGGCGCUGGUGCGCGUGCUUCGGCAGACCGCCUUGUCCAGAAGCUGGUCAAGGAGUUCGAGGAGACCAAGGCCAAGUUGGCGCAGGCCCAGGAGCAGCUGUGGGCCGGGGGCGCGGACCAUGGCGUGCGAGCCGAGGUCGCACGUCGCCAGCGCCUGGCGCGGCCGGCGCUGGAGGCGCGUGUCGCAGGGGGCGUGGAGUCGGGCGCGCAGCGGUUGAUCCGCAAUGUGGCGCUCCACGCUCGGCGGUGCCCUGCUGAUGGCGCACCGCUGGCGGCGGUGCCCUGCUGAUGGCGCACCGCUGGCCGAGUGGCGCUGCGCCCAGCAUGGCCCAAGGCUCGGCGCAGAUGGCAUGGUUGAUGGCCUGGGUGCUGUCGGUGCCGCCAUCGCGCGGGGCGAGUGCCUGGAGGGUGCCGUGGUCGCGCGCGUCGCGGAUUUCGAGGCCAAGCUGCUGGCGAAGUACAACGUUUGCGGCGGGGGCCCCGAUGGCGACGAGCGCCAGGAGAGCGGCGUCGAGUGCGAGGGCGUGUAUGGCCCAGGCUUCGGCGUGGAGGAGAAGCUGUGCGGCAGGCUUCACGUGAGGGGCCUCCACGUGAAGCAAGACGAGGACGAGGAACGCGAGGGGGAAAGCGGCUCGGUUCGGCUGGCGCCAGGUGUCUGGCAGGCGGUGGACCCCGAGGCGGAGGCCAAGGCCUUCGUGGAGGGCAUCGCGGUCGGGUGGCGCCUUGCUGGGCUGGAGAAGGGCUCGCCGUGGGACUCCGCGCGAGGCUGGUGGCUGGCCGAGAGCGGUCGGCCAUCAGCAGCACGCGGCGGCUGUGGCGAAACGCGGGGCCGCAGGGUGGAGGCGGCGAGCGGAAUCCAGCCAAGGCGCGGGCAUGAUGCAGAGGGUGCGCGCGAGUGCCGUUCGGCUGGCUCUCAAAAGGGAGCUGGAAGGUAAGUUUGCCCCAAACCAGCAUAUCAAGGAGGGAAAGGGCUACGGCUGACCCAGGGCUGAGCGCAGCGCCUAGUCCUUCACAUAUUUGUUUUGUGUUAUCGCCUCUUCUUCUUGUGCAAUGCCUCAGAGUUGCAAUUGCCAGAACUAUCAGCCGGCCGUGACAUCGUCGCGGGUUUGAUGCAUUGUGCCGUUUGUUGGGUAGCAAGUGGGCCCGUGGCUCCGCCGCCUAGGCAAAGCGUGGUCAGCCCCUGGUUCUGGACUCCAUCGCAUGCGUUCUCGAAGAGUCGAUUUUUUUGGAAGCCUGCAGCUACAGAGGCUGCAGGUAUCGGGAUCGCGGACGUCAGAGCCACGCUCCUUCUGCCCACGAGCGAAAUGCUCUUCGUUCGCCCCGCCUCCCUCAGUUUUCACCCUCCUUCCCCGAUGCACCAAAUACCACCCCGUUCAUCAUGCCCUCCCCCGUCCUCCUUCUUCCCUCCCGACGAACGGCGACCAC